AUGACGAAUGUGCUGGUGCGGCCGAAAGCCGGAUCGUACACUGGCGCAAGGCCCGCCACGCUCAGGGAGUUGGGCGUCCCCGGCGCUGAGCUGGAAGGGAUCCAUUACGUGAGGGAGGUGGCGGAGGCCCAGGCUCUCUACGAUGCGAUCGCCGAUUGCAAGGCAAGGUCGGCGCGCGCGGUCGUCAUUGGCGCGGGUUACAUCGGCAUGGAGGUGGCCGCGGCGCUGGCGGGCAACGGGCUGGCCGUGACGAUGGUCUUCCCGGGCGGGAUGCUCAUGGAGCGCCUGCUGCCCCCCGAGGCUGCGUCGUUUUAUGAGGAGUAUUAUAAGGAGAGGGGCGUGGAGGUGAUGUGGGGGCAGCGGGGGGCGGGCUUCGAGGGGGAGGAGGGGCGCCUGGAGGCUGUGCUGCUGCAGGACGGGCGGAGGAUCGAGGCGGGCAUGGCGGUGGUGGGCAUAGGCGCCAGGGUGAACAAGGAGCUCUUCGAGGGCCAACUGGACAUGGCCAAGGGCGGCAUCGAGGUCGACGGCCGCCUGCGCACCAGCAACCCCGACGUCUACGCCAUCGGCGACGUGGCCGCCUUCCCGCUCGUGGGCUACGGCGGCCAGCUGCAGCGCCAGGAGCACGUCACCAACGCGCGCCUGUCCGCCGCCCACGCCGUCUCAGCCAUCAUGGCCCCCGAGGAGACCGGCGACUACGAGUACCUGCCCUUCUUCUACUCGCGCUUCUUCGCCCUGUCGUGGCAGUUCUACGGCACCAACAAGGGCAAGAGCGUGAUGUUCGGCGACAAGGGCGCAGCCAAGUUCGGGAUGUACUGGCUGGCGGAGGGCAGGGUAGUAGGGGCGUUCCUGGAGGGGGGGAGCGCGGAGGAGUUCGGGUGGAUCAAGGCCGUGGCGCUGAGGCGGCCGGAGGCGCCGGCCACCGAGGAGCGCCUGGCGGCCAAGGGGCUGGCGUUCGCGGCGGCGGUGGCAGCGCAGGAGGCGUAG